UGUAGCAUAUAAUUUAGCCAAAUAUUUAUUAAUAGACUUAAAAUUGCUAUUGAUAUCUUAGUACAUGUCUCCAUGUACUAAUGGAAAAAUGUAUAAUAGUUUCAGAGGUAUGAAUUUCUCUAGAACGUACUAUCUAGAAAUAGAAUUGCUGGAUCAUAAGGUAUGCACAUUUUCUUUAGCAAGUUAUUGUCAAAUGGCUCUUCAAAGUUGUUCUUCCAAUUUGGUUUUCCCCUACUCAUUCAGUACUCCAUAAUUCUUUGUCUAGUACCCUUUAUGCUCUCCCUUCCCUUGUGUACUGACUGCAAUGUCCUAGACCCUAUAGAACUUGUUAUACUUUAAGUGUUCACUGGCUGGGGCUGAAGAUUCAUUGCAAAUAUCAGUUUUUUCUCAGUUUCAUAUUACUCAAAUACAUCUCUUCUGGAAUAUAUCUCCAUUUUUGCACUGGCUGAUCACUUCCAUGUGUGUGUUCCUAGCCUGUCCUUCUCCAUUUUUGGGUGGAAGGGACAAUGUCAGAGAGUUGUUUGGUGGUCUAUAGAGCUUGCAUAUGGACUGUCUCUUGAGUUCAUAUUUUUGAUGUUUGCUUCUUGCACUUAGUCUGUUGUCACUAAAUCUCUGAGCUUCUUUUUCCCUUGGGUCCUUACCACAAUUUCCUUGAAAAUAAGUACUGCAUUUGCUUCAUUCCAUAAAUUUUAUACAAUUUGGCUAUCACUGUUCUAAAAGCAUCUUACAGUAAUAUUCAAACCAUUUUUAGUUUUUGCUUUUCAUCUUUUUUAUUCUUUACUUUUCAUUUUAUUAGGUGGUUUGGUUUUUCUCAAACCACCUAACUAUACUUCUAAAAAUAUCAUUUAUUAAUUAUCUCUUCCAAAAAUACAAAUUUCAAAAUGUUUAUUGCAACACAAAGUAAAGAAGAUGAAGGAAAAACAUGUUUCUCUCCUUCUAGCACCUCUUCCACUCCUAAGGUAAUUUUUGUUAACAUUUUACAUCCUUUGACACCUUUUCAUAUGCUUAUAUGUACUUACACUAACAUAGAUAUUUAGUGUUUAGGUUUUAUUUAUUUUUUAAAAUUUUGAAAUAAUAUAUAUUUUCUGCAAUUUCCUUUUACUCAUUGAGCAAAUAUUUAAUGAGCAGCUACUUUAUACCAGGUACUACACUUAGCUACCUAACAAUAACAUAUUGCAGACAUAUUUCAGGUCAAUAGAUAGAGCUUUAAUGUAUUCUUUUUAAAUAGCUGUAUAUACACUUCUGAUUAUGAGAAUUAUAUAUUUACAUGCAGUUGUAAGAAAUAAUAUAGAGAACAUUUAUAACAUUUAUCUAGUUUCUCCCAGUAAUACCACCUUGAAAAACUAUUGCACAGUAUAAUAGGGUAUUCAUAUUGACGGUCAAGAUACAUAAAAGUUUCAUUACCACAGGAAUCCUUCUUUCUGCCCUUUUAUAGAUGUAGCCACCUCUUUUCUCCCCUCUCAUACUUCUGUUAAGAACUCCCAGAAACCACUAAUCUCUAUAUAAUUUUGUCCUCUCAAGAAUGUGAGUGGGAUCAUAGUAACAUAUAAGCUUUUAGGAUUUGUUUUUCUUGGACUCUUCAUAAUUCCUUUGAGAUUUAUUGAAGUUGUUGUGUGUAUCAAUAGCUCAUUCUUUUUCAUUCAUUCAUUUUUUUUAAAUCUAGGGUCACUCUACUACUUGGCUACAUUCUCAGCUGUUUUUUGAGACAGGAUCUUGCUAAGUUGCCAGGGCAGUCUUAACUAGCAAUCCUUCUACCUUAGCCUCCCAAGUAGCUGAGAUUAUAGGUAUGUGCUACCACUUUUGGCUAGUUCAGUAAUUUUUAAUUACCAAGUGGUAUUAUUUUAUGGUAUUUAUGUACUAGUUUAGCCAUAUACUUGUUGAAGGACAUCUGAGGUGUUUCCAGUUUUUGGCUAUUGCUAAUAAAGCUAUGAACAAUCAUAUAUAACAUUUAUGGGAACAAAAAGUUUUGAUUUCUCUGAGAUAAAUAUUUAAGAGUACAGUUGCUGGGUCAUGUUUAGAUGUUUAGUUUAAUAAACUAACUAUAUACUAUAACACUCCUGCCACAGGUUGAAUAUUUAUGCCACUCCCCUCAUCCCACACCUCAAUUCAUCAUAUGUUGAAACUUAAUCCCCAAUUUAAUGAUAUUGGAGAUAAGCCUUUGAGCAGUGAUUAGGUCAUGAAGGUAAAGCCCUCUUGAACAGGGUUAGCGCCCUUAAAAAGGGACCUUAGAGAGCUUUCUCAUCCCUUCCACCAUAUGAUGAAACAGCAAGAAGACAGCUAUGCAUGAACCAGGAAGGAGACCCUUGCUAGAUGCUGAAUCUGUUGAUGCCUUGGACUUGGACUUUCCAUCCUUCAGAACUGUGAGAAGUAAAUAUUUUUUGUUAAAGUCAACCAGUCUAUGUUAUUUUUGUUGUAGAAGCAGAGGCUAGCUAAGACACUGCCAAACUCUUUUCUGAGUAGAUAUAAUUUCUAUCAACAAUUUCUCAUCUGAAUGCCACUUAUUUCCUUUUCUUAUUUCAGUGGCUAGAACUCCCAAUAUGAUGUUAAGAUCAGCAAGAGUCAAUAUCUUUGCUAUGUUCUUGACCUUGCCAAAAAAAAAAAUAUAAAAAUCAAUCUUUUACCAUUAGUGUGAUGUUAGCUGUAGGAUUUUUCGCAUUACUAAAUUGCAAUCAUUCCCCUCUAUUUCUAAGUUGAUAAGUGUUUUAGACAUGAAAAGAUACUAAAUUUUGUAAAAAUUUUCUUUUUGCUCUAAUUAAUGCGAUCUUAUUUUUUAUCUUGUUGAUAUAGUGAAUUACAUUGAUGAAUGUUUUGUAUAUUGUUGGAUUUAAUUUGCUAAUGUUUAUAAUAUAGAGUUCUUUUUUUGGUAUGGUCACUCUUAAACUGGCCUCAUAUUGAGGUGGGAAGUGUCCUUUAGUCUAUUGUUUUCUGGAAAAGAUUGUGUUAAAUUUGGCUAAUCUUUUUUAAAGUUAAGAAGGAUUCUCCAGUGAAAUAAAGCAGGCCUGGAGAUUUCUUUUUCAGAAGUUUUUAAGUUACAUGUUUAAUUUUUUAUUAAUUUUUUUAUAUAUGACAGUGGAACACAUUACAAUUCAUAUUACACAUAUAGAGUACAAUUUUUCAUAUCACUGCUUGUAUACAAAGUAUAUUCAUACCAGUUCGUGUCUUCAUACAUGUACUUUGGAUAAUGAUGUCCAUCACAUUCCACCAUCAUUUCUAACCUCCUGCUCCCUCCCUUCCCUUCCCACCCUUAUGUCCUUUCUAGAGUUCCUCUAUUCCCACCAUGCUCCGCCUUCCUAUCCUGCUAUGAAUCAACCUCCUUAUAUCAGAGAAAACAUUUGGAAUUUGUAUUUUUUUGGGAUUGGCUAACUUCAUUUAGCAUUAUCUUCUCUAACUCCAACCAUUUACCUGAAAAUGCCAUGAUUUUAUUCUCUUAUUGCUGAGUAAUAUUCCAUUGUGUAUAUAUGCCACAUUUUUUUUAUCCAUUCAUCUAUUGAAGGGCAUCCAGGUUGGUCCCAUAGUUUAGCUAUUGUAAAUUGUGCUGCUAUAAACAUUGAUGUGGGCUGUAUCCCUAUAGUAUGCUGUUUUUAAGUCCUUUGGGUAUAGACUGGGGAGAGGGAUAGCUGGGUCAAAUGGUGGUUCCAUUCCAAGUUUUCCAAGGAAUCUCCAUACUGCUUUACAUAUUGACUGCACCAAUUUGCAGUCCUACCAGCAGUGUAUAAGUGUACCUUUCCCCCCACAUCCUUGCCAACACUUAUUGUUGUUUGUAUUCAUAAUAGCUACCAUUCUGACAGGAAUGAGAUGAAAUCUUAGAGUAGUUUUGAUUUGCAUUUCUCUAAUUGCUAGAAAUGAUGAACAUUUUUCAUGUAUUUGUUGAUUGGUUGUAUAUCCUCUUCUGAGAAGUAUCUGUUCAGGUCCUUGGCACAUUUAUUGAUUGGGUUAUUUGGUUUUUUGGUGUUUAUCUUUUUGAGUUCUUUAUAUACCCUAGAGAUUAGGGUUCUAUCUGAUAUGUGAGGGAUAAAAAUUUGCUCCCAGGAUGUAGGCUCUCUAUUCAUCUCACAGAUUGUUUCUUUUGCUGAGAAGAAAUUUGUUAGUUUGAAUUCAUCCCAUUUAUUGAUUCUUGAUUUUAAUUAAUGUUUAAUUUUUAAAAUAAUUAUGGAACUACUCAGUUAAUUUUAUGAAUUUUUGUGUUUUUUUGGUAGUAUAUAGUUUCUGAGGAGUUGGUUCAUUUUUUCUAAAUAAUCAUAUUUAUGAAUGUAAAGUUGUAUUUCUUUAUUAGCUAUCAUGGUAAUAGAGCCUACUGUGAUAUCCCCCAUCUUAUUCCUGAUAUUACUUGUAUCUUUUUUUAUCUUUAUUAGUCUUUCUAGAGUUUGUUAGUUUUAUUGCUGUUUUGAAGAGCAAACUUUUCAUUUCACUAAUUUCCCCCAUAUUACCAAUUUUCAGUUUCAUUAAUUUCCAACCUUUAUUAUUUUCUUCCUUCUGUUUGCUUUGGGUUAAUAUUUUUCUUUUUUUUCCACUAGUUUAUUGGGGUUGAAUAGUAGAUUGCUAAUUUGAGGCCUUUCCUUUUUUCUGGUUUACGUUUGUGGUGCUAUAAAUGUCCUCUCAGAACUGCUUAAGCUACAAUCCACACAUUUUUAUAAUUUUAUUUCCGUUCAUCCAGUGCAAUGUCUUUAAAUAAACAUUCUCUUAUGAUUUCAUUUUUGAUCCAUAGUUUAUUGAAAAGUAUGUUAUUUAAUUUCCAGAUUUUUAGAGAUUCUCUUUGUUUCUCAUUGUUAUUGAUUUACAAUUUGAUUUCAUUAUGGCCAGAGAAUAUAGGUCUGGGUGAUUUCAGUUUUUUAAAUUUGAUGAGGCUUGUUUUAUGACUCAGGAUAGAAUCAAUUUUUGUGAAUGUCUAUGCGUACUUGGAAAACAAAAUUAUAUUAUGCUUUUGGAUGGAAAGUUCUGUAUACAUUGGUUGGAUUCUGUUGUUUGAUCAUGUUGGUCAGUUCUUCUAUGUCCUUGUUGUUAUUGUUUCUAGUAAUUUUAUCAGUUACCAGAAGAAAAUAACUCAAAUACCAAGUUGAACUUUGUUUGUUUAUUCUUUCAGUUUUUGCUUCAUGUAUUUUGGGGAUCUGUGCUUGGUGUGUGUGUAUAUGUCUUCUUGGUGAACUGAUUAUUGGGUCACUUUGUAGCUAGUAAUUCCCUUUGCUGUGAAGUUCACUUUAUCUGAAAUUAAUAUAGUCACUCCUAUUUUUUCUGGGUAAACAUUUGCACGUUAUAUUUUUCUGUCCUUUUAUUUUCAACACACUUAUGUCAUUUAGUUUUAAAUUAAUUUUUUAUUUGUUCUAAUUAGUCAUACAUGACAGCCGAAUGCAUUUUGACACAUUGUACACAAAUGGAGCACAACUUCUCAUUCCUCUGGCUGUAUACAAUACGGAGUCACACUGGUCAUGCAAUUAUACAUGGGUAUAGGGUGAUAAUAUCCAUCACAUUCUACCAUUCUCCCCACCACCACCCUCCUCCCCUCCCCUCAUUACCUUCUGCCCAAUCCAAAGUUCUUCCAUUCUUCUUUAGCAUCACCCCCCAUUAUGGAUCAGCAUCCGCAUAUCAGAGAGAACAUUUGGCCUUUGGUUUUUUGGGAUUGGCUUACUUCACUUAGCAUGAUAUUUUCUAACUCCAUCCAUUUACCUGCAAAUGCCAUGAUUUUAUUCUCUUUUAAUACUGAGUAAUAUUCCAUUGUGUAUAUAUGCCACAGUGUCUUCAUCCAUUUAUCCAUUGAAGGGCAUCAAGGUUGUUGGUUCCACAGUUUAGCUAUUGUGAAUUAUGCUGCUUUAAUCAUUGAUGUGACUGUGUCAAUGCAAUAUGCUGAUUUUAAGCCCUUUGUGACACUUUGAGUUCUUCUUUUCCUAUGUGUAUCCCUUUAAUUCUUUCAUCUAAUUGCUCUGGCCAGUGUUUCAAGAACUAUGUUGAAUAAAAGUGGUGAAAGAGGGCAUCCUGUCUUGUUCCAAUUUUCAGAGGGAAUGCUUUCUUUUUUUCUCCAUUUUAGAAUGAUAUUGGCCUGGGGCUUAGCAUAGAUAGCCCUUAUGAUGUUGAGAUAUGCUUCUGUUAUCCCUAGUUUUUCUAGUGUUUUGAACAUGAAGGGGUGCUGUAUUUUGUUAAAUGCUUUUUCUGAAUCUUUUGAGAUAAUCAUAUGAUUCUUAUCUUUAAGUCUAUUGAUGUGAUGAAUGACAUUUAUUAAUUUCCGUAUGUGAACCAACCUUGCAUCCCUGGGAUGAAUCCCACUUGAUUGUGGUGCACGAUCUUUUUGAUAGGUUUUUGUAUUCGAUUUGCCAGAAUUUUAGCAUCUAUAUUUAUUAGAGAUAUUGGUCUGAAGUUUUCUUCCUUUGAUGUGUCUUUGCUAGUUUUGGAAUCAGGGUGAUAUUGGCUUCAUACAAUGAGUUUGGAAAUGCUGCUUCUUUUUCUAUUUCAUGAAAUAAAUUGGAGAGUAUUGGUAUUAGUUCUUUCUUAAAGUUCUUAUAGAACUCGGCUGUGUAUCUAUCUGGUCUUGGGCUUUUCUUGGUUGGUAGACUUUUGAUGGUAUCUUCUAUUUUGUCGCUUGAAAUUGAUCAGUUUAAAUUGUUUAUAUCAUCCUGAUUCAAUUUGGGCUAAUCAUAUGUAUCUAGAAAUUUGUCAAUGCCUUCAAUAUUUUCUAUUUUAUUGGAGUACAAUUUUCAAAAUAAUUUCUAAUUAUCUUCUGUAUUUCUGUAGUGUCUGUCGUGAUAUUUCCUUUUUCAUCAUGUAUGUUAGUAAUUUGAGUUUUCUCUCUCUUUCUCUUCAUUAGCAUAGGUAAGGACCUGUCAAUUUUAUUUAUUUUUUCAAAGAACCAACUUUUGGUUCUGUCAAUUUUUUCAAUUUUUUUUGUUUCAACUUCGUUGAUUUCAGCUCUGAUUUUAAUUAUUUCCUGUCUUUUACUGCUUUGGUGUUGAUUUGUUCUUCUUUUUCUAGGGCUUUGAGAUGUAAUGUUAAGUAAGUCAUUUAUUUGUUGACUUUUUCUUCUUUUAAGAAAUGAACUCCAUGCAAUGAACUUUCCUCUUAGAACUGCUUUCCUAAUGUCCUAGAGAUUAUAUGUUGUAUCUGUGUUCUCAUUCACCUCUAAAAUUUUUUAGACUCCUCCUUGAUGUCUUCUGCAACCCAUUGUCAUUCAAUAGCAUAUUAUUUAGUCUCCAAGUGUUGGGAUAGCUUUUAUUUCUUAUUUUAUCAUUGAUUUCUAAUUUCAUUUCAUUUAUGAUCUGAUAGAAUGUAGGGUAGUAUCUCUACAUUUUUAUAUUUGCUAAGAGUUGCUUUGUGGCAUAAUAUAUGGUCUGUUUUAAAGAAGGAUCUAUGUGCUGCUGAGAAGAAAGUAUAUUCUCUUGUUGAAGUAUGAAAUAUCCUAUAUAUUUCAGUUAAGUCUAAGUUAUUAAUUGUAUUAUUGAGUACUAUAGUUUCCUUAUUCAGCUUUUGUUUGGAAUAUCUAUCUUGUGAUGGAAGAGGUGUGUUAAAGUCACCCAACAUUAUUAUGUUGUGGUCUAUUUGACUCUUUAACUUGAGAAGAGUUUGAUGAAUGUAGACGUUCCAUUGUUUGGGGCAUAUAUAUAUUUAUAAUUCUUAAGUUUUGUUGGUAUAUGGUUCCCUUGACAAGUAUGUAGUAUUCUUCUUUACCCUCUUUGAUUGAUUUUAGCUCGAAGUCUAGUUUAUUUGAUAUGAGGAUGGAAACCCCUGCUUGCUUCUGCAGUCCACGUGAGUGGCAUGAUUUUUCCCAACCCUUCACCUUUAGUCUGUGGAUGUCUUUUUCUAUGAGAUGAGUCUCUUGGAGACAGUAUAUUAUUGGGUCUUUUUUUUUAAAUUCAAUCUGCUAGUCUAUGUCUUUUGAAUGGUGAGUUUAGGCCAUUAACAUUCAGGGUUAUUAUUGAGACAUUAUUUGUAUUCCCAGCCAUUUUUGUUUAUUUUUGGUUUUUAAUGUGAGUUGGUUUCUCCUUUGAAUAGAUUUUUCUUUAGUGUUAUACCUCUCUAUGCUGAUUUUCAUCUCCUAUUCGUGGAAUAUUUUGCUGAGGAUGUUCUGUAGUUCAGGCUGUCUAGUUGUAAAUUCUUUUAACUUUUGUUUAUCAUGGAGGAUUUUUAUUUCAUCAUUAAAUCUAAAGCUUAAUUUUGCUGGAUAUAAGAUUCUUGGUUGGCAUCCAUUUUCUUUCAGAGCUUGGUAUAUGUUGUUCCAUGAUCUCCUGACUUUGAGGGUAAGGGUUGAAAAAUCUGCUGAGUUACAAAUUAGUCUCCCCCAUAUAUGAUCUGAUUCCUAUCUCUUGUAGCUUUUAAGAUUCUAUCCUUAUUCUAUGUGAUAGGCAUUUUCAUUAUAAUGUGCCUUGGUGUAGAUCUGUUGUAAUUUUGUAAAUUUGGUGUCCUGUAGGCCUCUUGUAUUUGAUUUUCCAAUUCUUCUUCAUGCUUGGGAAAUUUUUUUUUUGGGGGGGGGAAAUUUUUUGAUAUUAUCUCUCGAAGAGAUGGUGCAUUCUUUGGUUUGAAACUCUGUGCCUUCCUCUAUCCCAAUAACUCUUAGAUUUGGUUUUUGAUGCUGCCCCAUAAUUCUUGGAUGUUCUGUUUAUGGUUUCUUACUGUCUUCACUGUGUGAUCAGCUUUAUUUUCCAGAUUGUAUACUUUGUCUUCAUUAUCUGACAUUCUUUCUUCCAAGUGUUAUAGUCUGUUGGUUAUGCUUUCUAUUGAGUUUUUUAUUUUUAGAUUUUUUGUAUCCUUCAUUUCAAGGAUUUCUGACUUUUUUUUUCAGAGUCUCUCUCUCUUGAAGUAAUCUUUUGCUUCAUGCAUUUGAUCUCUUAUCUCUUUGUUGGAGUGAUCAAUGUUUGCUUGUAUUUGCUCAUUUAGGUCCUUCUUUAAUUCAUAGAACAUUUUAAUUAUGAACCUUCUAUGACAUUUCAUCAACUUUGCCGGCCGUGGGUUCUGUUAUUAUAGUAUCCUGGUUUGUUUGGGGCACUUUCCUUUCUUGUUUUUUUCAUGUUGUCUAUGUGUCUUUCUUUCUUGCAGCAUGAAUCUGAGAUAUUAGUUCCUUCCCUGUAUUCUUGUAGUACCUGUGCAGAUUGUCUAUACCCCACCUUGAUGUUGGGCUUCCAGACCCUGCUGGUGUCCCUCAAUGUAUGCUACUGCAUCUAAAGGUGGUGGAGGCAAUAGCCAAGGUAACUCGAGAUAAUAAGAUAAUAGUUAAGGUGCCCCAACAUGGGAGCAAUGUCUUACAGAGAUGGGGUUGAAAGGGUGGGCCUCACACUCUUUUUGGGAUGCCUGCUUUCAGAUGCAGCUACUUCUAGGCCCUGUCUACUGUCAAAAAGUUAGGGUCUACUGCGUGGGGAAGGCUAUGGCGAUGACUGCAGUGUCCCAAGAUGGAAGUGGAUUAGGCAUAGUGGGGGGGGCAUGAUCUUGGACUUACCCUGGACCCUGGGUCCUACACAGUCACUGUGGGUGGAUCUGGGCUGGGCCUGGGCUCCUGUGGUAGUCUGAUGGUUGGAAAAGGCAGUCCUUUGCCGGAGUCACCAUUCUCCUUUUUCAUUCUUCCCCCUCCUCCUCCCCAAUCCCCUUUUGUACUCCACUGAUCUCCCUUUCUGUUUUCUUUGAAUUUUCCCCCUCUCAUUCCUUCCCUGCUAUUUUGGUCUAGCUUCUGUAUUUGAGAGAAAAUAUUUGGCCCUUUACCUUUUGAGUCUUGCUUAUUUCACUUAGCAUAAUGUUCUCUAUUUCUAUUUAUUCACCAGAAAAUGCCAUAAUUUCUUAAAGAAAGCUUCAUGGCUAAGUAAAUUCCAUUGUGUAUAUAUACCACAUUUUAAAAAAUCCAUUCAUCUAUUUAUGAGCAAUUAGGUUGGUUUUAUAACUUGGCUAUUGUAUUGCACUGCUAUGAACAUUGAUAGGGCUAUAUCCCUACAGUAUGCUGACUUUAGAUCUUUUACAUUUAGACUAAGAAAUAGGAUAGCUGGGUCAUAUGGUGGUUCUAUUUCUAGUUUUUUGAAAGAAUCUCCAUGCAGCUUUCCAGAGUGGUUGUACUAAUUUGCAGUCCUACUGACAAUGUACUUUUUUCUCUACAUCAUCACCAACAUUUAUCAUUUUUUGUUUUCUUGAUGAUUACCAUUCUGAGUGGAAUGAGAAGAAAUCUCAAUUUAGUUUUGAUUUGCAUUUCUCUGAUUAUUAGAGAUGUUGAGCAUUUUUCCAUUUUUCUUUUUGGUUAUUUGUAUUUAUUCUUUUGAGAAGUGUCUCUCUAGUUCUUUUGCCCCAUAUAUCAACUAGGUUAUUUUUUUGGUAUUAUUUUAUGAGUUAUUUUGUAUUCUAGAUAUUAAUACCUUAUCUGAGGAGGAGGUGGCAAAGAUCUCACUUUCUGUAGGCUUAUGCUAUUAAUUGUUUCCUUUGUUGUGCAGAAAUUUUUUAAUAUGAUGCUGUCCCACUUACUGAUUCUUGGUUUUAUUUCUUAUACUUUAGGAGUCUUGCUACGUGCUUAGUUCCUGUGCCAACAUGUUGGAAUGGUAGGAGUAUAUUUUCUUCCAGCAGUUUCAGAGUUUCUGGUCUAAUUCCUAAGUCUUUGAUCCAUUUGAGUUGACUUUUGUACAGGAUAAGAGAUAGUGGGAUUAAGUUUUGUUCUUCUACCUAUGGAUAUCUAGUUUUUCCAGCAUCACUUGUUAAAGUGACUAUCUUUUGUCUGACAUGUAUUUUUGGUACUUCUGUCAACUAUGGAAUAGCAGUAAGUAUGUGGAUUUGUCUCUUAGUCUUCUAUUCUAUUCCAUUGUCUUCAUGACUGUUUUGGUGCUGAGACCAUGCAGUUUUUGUUAGUACAGCUCUGUAGUAUAAUUUGAGGUCCUGUAUUGUGAUGCUUCCUGCAUCACAAUUCUUGGUCAGGAUUGCUUUGACUAUUCUGGGUGUCCUAUUUUUUUAAAAGGAAUUUUGGAACUGUUUUUUUUCUUGUUCUGUGAAGCAUGUCAUUGGUAUUUUUAUGGGGGUUAUACUGAAUCUGUAUAACACUUUUGGUAUUAUUGCCAUUUUGACAGUAUUAAUUCUCUAUCCAAGACCAUGGGAGGUCUUUCCAUCUUCUAAGGUCCUUUUUAGUGUUUUAUAGUUUUCACUGUGGAGGUUUUCUACCUCCUUGAUCACAUUUAUUUCCAAGUUUUUUUAUGUUAUUCUGAAACAGAUAGUUUUUCUAAUUUAUUUUUAUGCAGAUUCAUUAUUAGAAUAUAGGAAAGUGAUUGAUUUAUGUAUAUUGAUCUUAUAUUCUGCUACUUUGCUAAAUUUCUUAUCAGAUGUAAAAUCUUUUGGUAGUGUUUAUUGGCCCUUCUAAAUAUAUAAUCAUGUCAUCAGCAAAUAAGGAUAAUUUGACUUCUUAUUUUCUUAUUUGUAUCCCUUUAAUUUCAUUCUCUUUUCUGAUUGCUUCGGCUAGGGUUUCAAAGACUAUGUUGAAUAGGAAUGGUGAGGAAAUGCUUUCAGUUUUUCUCCAGUAUGAUUUGUCACAUAUAGUCUUUAUAAUAUUGAGGUAAUUUCCUUAUAUCCCUAGUUUCUUUAGUGUUUUAAACAUGAAUGAGGGCUGGACUUUGUCUAAUGCUUUUUCUGCAUCUCUUGAGAUAAUCACAUGAUUUUUGUCCUUAACUCUAUGUGAUGAAUUACACUUAUUGAUUGCAUAUAUUGAACCAUCCUUGCCUCUCCUGGAUGAAACCCACUGGAUUCUGGUGCACUAUUUUUAAAUAUGUUUUUGAAUGGGGUUUGCCAGUAUUUUAUUAAGAAUUUUUGCAUCUGUUUGUCAGGGAUAUUGGUCUGAAGUUUUCUUUCCAUGAUAUAUCUUUGUCUGUUUUUGGAAUCAGGGUGAAACUGACUUCAUAGAAUGAAUUUGACAGUGCUCCCUCCUUUUCUAUUUCAUAGAAUAAUUUGAGGAGGCCAAUCUCUGUUUUUUUAAUUGGUAUAUUUAGAUAACUUACAAUUAAGGUAAUUAUUAAUGGGUUAGAGUUUGUCUACCCUUUUAUUGUUUGUUCUCUCUCUCUCUUUUUUUCUGUCUUCUGUUUGUUUUCUUGCCUCUCUGUGGAUAACUUGAAAUCUAAUAGGAUUACAUCUUUUUUCUUUUACUUAUAGUGCUUUGACUUGCAUAGUUUUCUUAGUAAUUGUUCUGUGAAUUAAAAUAUACAUGUCACUCAUUCUCAUCUGUUGUUGGUACAACUUUUUAGUGGAAAUCUUACCAAUUGUUUGUUCCUUUACUCUUUCCAUUUUUAAAUGUUACCAUGUUGAAUAUCAGAUGAUGUUGUGACUUUUGUUUUAAUCAUUGCAUAUGAUACAAAAACUCCAUGAGAAUUUUUCCAUAUUUCUGCUUCUUCCAUUUGUUUACUUCUUUCUGAUGCUCAAAAAUUUUCUCUUUUUGACAAAUACAGAUACUCUUGUCACCUAACAUUCCUCUCAGUAUCAAGAAUAUUUUCACCAAAGAAACUCCUCUCUGCUUCCUCCCAUUUCAGAGGCAAUUACUAUUAUUAUUGUUAUUACUAUAUACUAGUUUUUGUCUGUAGAACCUAAUAUAAAUGCAGUCAUGCAGUAUGUAGCUUUUUGUGUCUGGAUUCUUUUAUUAAAUAUAGGGAUCUUGAGUUUUAGUUUGCCUUGCUGCAUAUUUAGUAGUUUCUGCAUUUUAAUUGGUGAAUAAUAGUCUGUUGUUUGAAAAUAUCAUAAUUUGUUUAUUCAAUCUCCUGUUGAUAGAUAUUUGAUCUAUUUAUUUAUUUAUUUUUGCUACUUAUAAAGAAGUAGCAAAGGAAUUUCUAUUGAAGGCUUCUGUGGACUUAUAUUAUUAUUUCUCUUGGAAUUUCUGGGUUUAUGCCAUUCUGUCUCUCUCUCUUUUUUUCUUGUAUUGGCUUCCUAGUGAUUUCUUUAUUCCAAAAAUUACAAGAUGUGUUAGGAAGAAUAUUCUCUUUCUAAACAGUGUUAGAUAAAUUUUUUUUCCCCAGUUUUUUAUGUGAUAAAAGAUACAUAUCAUUAAAUUUACUGCCUUAAACAUUUUUGAUUGUACAGUUCGAAGAUACUAAGUAUAUUCACAUUAUCGUGGAAAUAGCGCCCCCCCCCCAAUUCAUCUUCAGAAUUCUGCAUCUUGUAAAACUAAAAUUCUGUGCCAUUAAACAAAUCCCCAUUCCCUCUCCUCAUAGUCCCUGGCAACCACCAUUCUUUCUGUCUUAAUAAUUUUUACUAUUAUAAAUAGUUCAUAUAAAUGGAAUCACACAGUAUAUUUCUGGAUUAUUUUGCUUAGAAUAAUGUCCUCAAAGUAGGUCAAUGUGAUUGUGUGUGUCGGAAUUUCUGAUAUCUUAAGAGUUCAAUAAUAUUCCAUAUAGCUGCAUUUUGCUUACGCAUUUAUCUGUUGAUGGACACUUGUGUUGCUUUCACAUUUUAAUAAUGCUGCUGUGAAUAUGGCAUAUGAUAUUUCUUCAAUAUUCAUCUUUCAAUUAUUUUGGGUAUAUUCCCAGAAGUAGAGUUGUUGGAUCAUGCAGUAUUUUUCUUUUUAAAGAAAAACCACCAUACUCUUUUUUAAAGACCACCAUACUCGUUCCUUCAGCAGUUGUGUAAUUUUUACAUUCUCAUCAACAAUGCACAGUUUCUCCACAUUCUGACCAGAAGUUGUUUUUUUUCUGAUUUAAAAAAAAUAGUUUUAAUUUUUUAAUAACAGUUAUCCUGAUGGUCAGGAGGUGGUAUCUCACUGUGGUUUUCAUUUGAUUCCUUGAGUUAUUGACCAUCUAGGAUUUCUUCAAAAGUAUUACUCAUCUCCCUUAAUCAGUGUUUCAGGACUGAGUCUGAACACUUACAUAUUUACCUUAAUAUGUCUCUUUAUUAGUACUUAGUGUCUCUAGGCCUCUGUUUUCCCAUGUUCAAAAUGAAUAUAACAGUGCAUUUUUGCGUUGAGUUGUUCUGGGAGUUAAGUUAGAUAAUUUAUGUUAAAAACUUACUACAGUAAUGGGGACAUAGUAAGGCCUUAAUGAAUGUUGGUUGUUAUUAUUUUAUUGCUGGGAUUUCUGUUAUUGCUCUUGAGUCUUCAAAUAAUUUUUGUGCUUUUUGUUUGGGGGUACUAAUUAUCCCUAGAAUUAGUGCUCCCUCUUGGCACUAGUGGAAGGGUUUUUAUUUCUCACAUGGUUCACUGACUAUAUGCUCAAUAAUCCCAGGGGUACCAAACACUUGUCUCCAGAGGAAGGAAGCUGAUGGCUUCUCAGUCUCUAGAUAUAAGGGUUCUGUACAGGAAGGAGCAGUGAGAACCCCCCUCAUGCCAACAUAAUUAGUCACCAACCUUCUCUUUUCAUAUCAUUACUACUCUCUCACAGAGUAAGCAAAUAUUUUUUUAGCUCUUCUUUACCACUUUCACAGUCUAUCAGCUGAUACUGUGGUGUAGUAGGUAAGUUUCAGAGCAUUGUAGUGGCAGAAGAGAUUGGUGAGAGAGGAGAGAGAAAGGGGGUGUGUUUGUGUGUGUGUGUAUUUAAUAGCAUAUGUAAAGGAAAAAGCCUGAGCCUGGGACAGAGGAAAUGGAUAUGGGGGGAAAGGGGUCAAAGGAUGAGAGAAGGAUUAUAGCAUAACAUGCCAUGGGGUGGGGAGUGUGGGUAUUGGGAGAGACACCAGUGGAACUAGGUAGACACUGGUAGAAAUAGAAAUGAGAAUGUAGAGAGGUGCUGGGAAAAGCACCUGAAGAAGUGGAGGAAAAGACUUCUUGUUUGCAGGUUUGAGGGAAGUUUAUAGACCCAUCAGAAUCACACUGUACCAAGGAAGGGGAAUAUCAGUGGGAACUAUUCAUAAAAUGGUUCAGAAUUUGAUCACUAUCUUGUAUUUGGUGAAGCAAUGAAAGCUCCCAGAGAAAGAUAACUCACUUAUUCCAUGGAUUAUUUGAUCAAAUAUUUUUUAAAAUAUCUAUAAUGUGCCAGGCUCUGCUUAGUGCUAGGAAAUUUUUAGUCACAAAGUGAGGAGCACUCUUGAAAAAAUUUUUCUUGGUAAUCUGGGGUAAGGCGUUUCUAAACCUGAAAGAUCUUCCUCAUUCUGUUUUCUGUCCUUCAUUUUGCAGAAGAAAUACAGACAUUGGGUGAGGAAGAGGUUGUGCAUGGAUUAUAGUAUAUGAUGUUUACAUAUGACACACUACCAUAUGAUUUCUCAAGUUGGAAAAAAAUCCCUAAAAUGUUUAUUGGGAGUAAAAAAAAAAGGGUAGGUGGGCAUUUUUCUUGAGGCAUUUGUUCAUUAAAAACAUGAGUCAUGGUGGUUACUGGAGCCUGGGAUCAGGUAGGUGUUUGGAGAGAUGUUGGUUAAAACAUGCAGUAUUUCAUUUAGGCAGCAGAAAUAAAUUCAAGAGAUCCAUUGUACAUCAAUAUAUUCUAUACUUAAAAUUUCUGUGAGUAGAUUUUAGGUGUUCUCACCACAAAAUAAGUGUCUGAAGCAAUACACGUUAGUUAGCUUUAUUUAGCCAUACCACAUACAGUGUACUAUACAUGUAUCAACAUAUAUUAUACACCUUAAAUAUAUAAAAUCUUUAUUUGCUAAUUAAAAAUAAAUAAUUAAAAAGACCUGAGUCACUAUUAAAGGGAUGACAAUGGAGUAAGGGAAUCUCAGUGCCUCUUCAACAUAGAAAAGAUUAAAGCAAAUCUAAAGCAUUUGCUUUAGAUUAUGAAAGCAUCUUAUAUGAUGUUUUUAAGUGCCUGUGAGCAAGAGGGAGGUCAUUAAAGUAUAAAUAUAAAUUUUCUUCAUAUAUUAAAAGGUAAGCAAUUUAUAAAUUUUAAUAUCACAUUAUGUGAUGUAUAUAAAUAUAUGUAACACUGAACCCCAUUAAUAUGUACAAUUAAUGUAUAUUACUGAAAAUGUUUAAUAAAAGGAAACAAAUUUCUUGUGACAUAAAAACAAAUCCUUCCAUUUAUUGCACCACAGACAGAGACUAUCCUUAUGCCCAGAGGUGGGUAGGUAGCUGUUUUGUCCAUUAGGUAUAUGCCUUCAGUGUAGAGACUGUGCAUUGUAAAGAACUUGAGUGGUGAAAAAUUCUUGAGAUCUGAAAUACCUAUGCAAGGAAAUUGCAAAGUGAAAUUAAUACUUCUAUAAACAGAUGACUAGGUAAUAAAAAUAGGCAAAAAAGUAACUCCUUUAUAGUUACUAACAAUUAUAUCUGAUGUGGUCUGUAGAUAGGUACAUUUAAAUAUGUUGUUAUUCUUAAUAGAGAAUUUUAAUAGACAGUCUUCUAAAUUGGGAUUGAGUGAGGACUUUAAAAGCCUUUAUAUAGCUCCCUAAAGAGAAAAUGAGUAAUACCAAAAAAUAGAGCUGGGUAGGUACUUAAAGGGAGAAAAGAAGACACUGGGAAGAAAAAGGGACAGCAGAGUCUAGUCAGAGGCUGCAGGAAGUGGCUCCAUUGUUCCUUAGCCUAGACUGAAUCUGGUAGUUUGCACUCUAGUUACUUGGUUGUAGAGCUGAAGCUAUUCCUGUCACUUCGUGAUGUCCCUUGGACUUCUAUAAAUGAUAGAAAUAGUUUCUCUUUUCUUCGUCUGAGACAGAUGGGUGCUUUUUAGAGCAUUUGAAGGAAAUCCAUUAGGUAGUUCUGAGCCAAGCUAAGAUCAUCACUGGUGGACUUGCCUAGUGCUCCCUACAAAGCCCGUGGGUCUGAGUACAAGACACCAGUUCCAUCUGAGAGAUCUGGGAUUGGGCUCCUUUUUUCUCUGUGGAUACUUUUUCUAUUCCCUUUAUUCUUCUUUCCUCCUGGGAAAGGAGUUUUCUUUGAUCAUAUUUGCGUGAAAAAUAGGACUUUAAUGUGGCUAAAUAGUUAUUAAGGUGUCUUGCCUACCAGAAAAAAUACAAUAAGAUGAUGGCCAAUUUAAUAAUAACAAUAAACAAUAAUAACCAUUUUUCUGACCUUAUAUAUAUAUUGAAUCAUUUAAUCCUCACAAUUACCUCAUGAAGUUUAUUAUUGUCCACAUUUUGUAAAUGAAUUUGAAAAAAAAAGGGAGGCAUACAGAAAUAAAGUGACUUGCCCAAGAUCAUCUAACUAGUCAGGAAUGAACUGGAAAAUGAACUGGGUAAGCCUGGUUCUAGAACUUAAUGUUCUCACCUACUGUGCUGUGUUCUCUCCCAUUUAAUAUGGCUCCUGGCCUCUUCUCUACCAUUCUGGCUCCUUUGUUUUCCUCACUCUAUUGGAAUUUCUCUUAGAGCUUUGGCAGAUACUUUCUGUAAACCUUUGGAUGUGACUAUUUAUGCCUGCAUGGUUCCUUUUUUCUCAAACAAGAACCCUUUCAAGGUGUAGGUAGAGAAGCAGCAUGGCUGAGAUGGAGCCCUCAGAAGCCACUGAAUAAAAUGAAUAUUCUUUCCAUAGGUAGUAGGCUUCUUUUCAUAACUUCAUUAAUGGUAUCCAGGACUCACUGCCCCUCUCACAUGCUGCCUUGGGUAUAUAGUGUCUCUCACUGCUGGGGCAAUAGGAUAUAUGAAUUGUAAGCAGAAGGCAGGAAUUGUUCUUAUGAGGACUAUAUCUGGUACCUUACUAUUUUAUUGAGAAGGGAUAUGUAAAUAGUAGGGUUGGGAGUGAUAGUGGGAAGGCAAAUAUCCAAUAAAUUUCCUUCUAAGGAAACUGAAUUUGUUUUCUGGUGAGAAUUUUGCUUAUAUAAAUUUGAGACCAACACUUUAAUAAAAUAGAGGCAGAGCAGUGUUACCACUUAUCCUUCUCUGUGCAUAUCCCAGGAAACCUCAGCCUAUCCUGUGAGUAGAAGUUAAACAAAUAUUUAAAAUAUAUUGGCUUGGAGGAUGUCAAAUUAUUAGCUUUACUGGGGUCUUUACUUAUUGUAUUCUGGCACUGCUCCUUUCCUUGUACCUACGUGAAGUACCAUUGUUUCCUCCCAACAGCAAGUUAUGUUUUAGUAUAUUUGCAGAGGCAGGAGGAUAGACUUACAGAUUGAGGAUUUUCAUUCCUUCACAUAACUUCUUCCCUGGGCCUCUCUGAAUAUCUUUAUUAUAGAAACCAGCUAGUAUUUAUUUGAUACCUUUAUUCUGAUUCUCUCCAUACUCUCUCUAUGCUCUUUUUCUUCAUGUCUCCUUCUAGAUGUCUAAUAACUAAUCCUUUCUGUAGUCUUAAUAACUGAUAGGUAGUUAGCUUCUGAAGGAAACAAUUAUUACCUGGUUGGAAGGCUAAGACAAGAAGGGCUCUGUAAUUAACACUUUUUAGUAGCAGGGAAACCUGAUUCUUUCUGGAGAUUAGGGAAGAAGUGCAUGGGAAGGAAGGCUGUGUUAAUGGAGCCAGUAGAGGACGGGGCAGCAGAAUGUAUUGAUUGACUUUAUACAGAAUUGUUUCCCUGGGAAUCUUUGUUUUCUAUGGGAAAUGAGAUCAAGAAUCACUUGUAUAGAACUGUCUGGGAAAGACCAUGAGAUGUUCAGAAGGAGUAUCAUGAAAAUUGGCCCUCUUGGUUUCACUGGUAUUGCUAGCUGCUUUUAGGGAAGAUGUGAAUCUCAGUCAGAACAGAUAAAUAUAUGUCUUAGGUUUCUUCUGAAUUUUCACUUGGUACUCCAUUUCCAUGCACACGGAGCCACAGGUGCAAGUGUUCUAUGAAAUGUUCAAGGUAAUAGCCAGAUAAACUUAAUAUGAUUAAAUAUAAUCAAGUUAAAAUUUAGUUUAGCUAAUAGGUCUUCAGGAUGGAGGUAUAUUGUUAUGAACAUUUUACAAAGUGGUAUAUCUUAAGAGGAGGUAUUUUAGCAUAAAAUUUGGGUAAAGACAUAGAAGGGGAGGGAAAUUCAGAUAAACACAGAAAGAGUAAAAUCUUGGGGGAAAGGUACAAGUAUAAAAUGGGUUGGGGACAACUAAUAAUGUGGAAAGGGAAAAAUGGAUGAAAGAAAAAAAAGAUAGAAUGGGGCCAACAUCAUGGGGCAUGUGGUGAUGGGAGGAAAGUGCAACCUUUAUUGUUUCUUGAAACAAUUUGCCAUGGAAGAUCUAUAUGCAAAUGAAGCACCAAGGGCCAGAAGUCAUUCCUAUGCCAGUGAGUAUUCUCUAGGAGAACUUGCUGAAGAGUAUAGCAGUUGAGAAAAUCAUGAUGUCUUCUAAUCUCUGCACAUACUCAGGGAUGCUUUCUGUUUUGGUCACUUUCAGCAGAUGCAAAAGCCACUAUAGAAAGAACCAUAAUGUUUAUCAUGACUUACACCAACUUUACUAUCUUCCAUCCUGGAGUUUUUGUCUUACUCGGCAUCCCUGGGUUGGAGGCUUAUCACAUUUGGUUGUCAAUACCCCUUUGCCUCAUGUAUAUCACUGCACUCCUGGGAAACAGCAUGCUGAUAAUGGUCAUCAUCACAGAACAUAAUCUUCACGAGCCCAUGUAUUUCUUCCUGUCUAUGUUGGCCAUCACUGAUAUCCUGCUAUCAACCACUACUGUACCCAAGGCCCUAGCCAUCUUUUGGCUGCAUGCUCAUGACAUUACCUUUGAUGCCUGUGUCACCCAAGUCUUCUUUGUCCACACAAUGUUUGUGGGGGAGUUGGCCAUCUUGUUAGCCAUGGCCUUUGACCGCUUUGUGGCCAUAUGUGCCCCUCUGAGAUAUACAACGGUGCUAACAUGGCCUGCUGUAGGAAGGAUUGCUGUGGCCAUUGUCAUCCGAAGCUUCUGCAUCAUCUUCCCAGUGAUCUUCUUGCUAAAGCGACUACCCUUCUGUCAAACCAAUAUCAUCCCCCAUUCAUACUGUGAGCAUAUUGGAGUGGCCCGCUUAGCCUGUGCUGACAUUACUGUUAACAUCUGGUAUGGCUUCUCAGUGCCCAUUGUCAUGGUCAUCUUCGAUGUUAUUCUCAUUGCUGUGUCUUACUCACUGAUCCUCCGAGCAGUAUUUCGUUUGCCCUCCCAGGAUGCUCGGCACAAGGCCCUUAGCACUUGUGGGUCUCACCUUUGUGUCAUCCUCAUGUUUUAUGUCCCAUCAUUCUUUACCUUAUUGACCCACCGCUUUGGCCAUAACAUUCCGCGACAUGUCCAUAUACUGCUAGCCAAUCUUUAUGUAGUGGUGCCACCAAUGCUCAACCCUAUUGUCUAUGGUGUGAAGACUAAGCAGAUUAGGGCGAGUGUAAUUCACUGGUUCUUUGGCAUCAAGACUUGGUGCUGUGCCUCCCCUUUAGGCUGAUGAGUCCCCAAGAAUUUUCAUGCCCAGCUCUUUCUAGGAAACUAGGUGUGAAAUAUACAGACUUCCUGGACUUAGAGUAUUUUUUUUCUUCCCACUUUUUAAUCCUUUUACUUAACAUACUACUCCUCCCCCAACUUUUCUUUUUUUCUCAUCUAACUCUUCCUUUUUGCCUCCUUCUCCCUUUAACUUCAUAUAUUCCGCCCUAUAACCCAAAAAAUGAUCAUUAAGUAUAUGUACCUCUAAUAUGAACAAUUGGUGUCUUCAAUAGACUAGAUAUACUCUAGAAGCACAGGAAACUGAACAUUCAUUACAUUAAGGUAGGUUUUAAACAAAUUAAUAAAAAUAAUUUUGUAUUUAACAUCUGAAAAAGUUCCAAUUUUUUAAAAUCCCGAAAUGUGCAUUGAUUCUUCAUACAGAAGGAAGUAGAUUUCCACCCACUUAUACAAUGGCAGGUGUUUUCAAAAACAGCUGGGCAUACCCUUCAGCCACCUGGAAAAUUUCAUCUCAUUCUUCAAAUCUUAAUUUAAGAAUUGCCUUCCCUAUGAGGUUUUUUCUAAUUAAUUUCUCCAGGCAAGCUCAGGUUCUUAGCUUUGCCUGUCUAGUACAUAUUAUACAAAUCUCUAAAUAUGUACAAUAUAUUCUGAUGGCUUCUUCCUUAUUGUAUCCUUAAUUGACUGUAAACUCCUUGAAAUUGGAAGCAUGUGUGUUGUUCAUAUUUGUACCCUUAACACAUUAAAAUACCUCAUAGAUAAUAAAUGUUUGAAAAAUGAAUGAGAGUAAUACAAUUAUCUCCCUGAACUCAGAACAUGAAUCUCUAUGAUGCAUUGACAUGAUCAACUGACUUAGUCUACGAAAACUGUGAUUAAUAAACCAGGUCUUCCUGAAAUAGUUUAGCAAGUCAGCUAUCGAUGUUCAGUACUGACUUUUCACACUAUUGCUGUAAUGUACAGGGAAUAGACCAAGUAGGAGGAAGAAGGGUACUCUUAGUUCUCUCUUUUACCAGUGUCAGCAUUAGGAAUUAUAGCACAGAGUUCCUGACCAGGUUAGCAAAACUUUAAUAUUGUCUUGGAGUUCACAGUCUUGACCCUCAUUCUUUCAUGCUUUUCUAUUAAAGGUCAUGCACAUUCAUUUCUUCAGCCACCACCCACACUAAUGAGUCCUUCAUCUCUCCUUCUCUAGUGUAGAAUUUUUUUUUUUUUUUAGUUUUAGACACAUAAAUCCAUGUAUUAACUGGUUAUCUCCUUCAGGAUGUAGAACUCCCACUGAAGCCAACUUUUCUUCCUGUGUUCCUUUUCUUGUGAACUAGAUUAUGAUGACCCCAUCAACUUUUCUGAGCUGGGAACCCUGGAGUUUUUUUAACCUCUUCCUCUCAGGCCUGCUGCUCAAUAAAUUAUUGGUUGGUACUGCUUUUGAUAUUAACACUACAUAGUUAUGUGGGUGGUAUUUGGAGUCAUUGGGAUUCAAGUUUGUUCCCAUUGUAUUUUGGCUGUGUAAAGCUUGUGAAAUUUUUUGAAGUUUUCAUCUCCAGAAUAAAUAACAGUACAGGGCAUCUUAAUUGUGUUGUUGAGAAGGUUAAAUGAAAUAAAACUGUUUGUAAAUAUCUCUUAACAUAUCCUUAGCUUAUAGUAUAUAAGAAAUGUUUUGUUAAUACUAGGUUAUUUGUAUUGUUAGUCUUCUUUUUAACACUGCCUCUACCAAUUAUUUAUGGCCUUUAUCAUCUUUUACAUUUAUUAAAUUAAUUUCUUAAUUGCU